AUACAAGUGCCGGGGAUAAUGUUUUCGCACAGUUAAUUUAGGUUAACCCGCAAAAUAAUCCCUGUCUUGUACGAAAACAUCUCCCCUGGCACUUGUAUGUUCUACUCGAGUACUCCAGAACAUACCCUUUGGGAGACAGGCUUCAAGUCAGGUGCGCAAAGGCUGUGCUAGUACCGGUAUACCUUGAGCUCCUCUUCUCCACUCCGCUACAGUCCUAUGAAGCUAACCUAGAGCCUUCGCGUCCUAGUGUUACAGCGGGUCGAUAAGUGCCAACAAUCCGUCUUAUCCAACCUCACCCCCCACCAUUCGAACACUUGCUGAGCUAUUACAUUGUCCGGUGCGGUAUGUUUUUAAGACAUGCCAUACCAUGAUCCCACCUCCUCACUGUCGCAAUUCACCCAGUGAUUUGGAAGUUUUCCAAAGCCCAUAACCUACACGGGUCAGUGGCAACUUCUCUUCGUCUAGUCACGAGGAUCGUUGAAUGCUCCCAAGAUAUCUUCCGGUUAUCAGAGACACACGAUACCAGAAACCUCUGAUUGCUCCACCCGAUCAUACACUCUCGAUGAUAUCCAUACCGCCAGUUUGAAGUCCGGCUAAGGCACCCAUAAGCCCCCGUGCACAUUACACGGUAGGCACAGCAUUCGACAACCUCGGUACUCCAGUUUUUUAUAUUUGUCAUGCUUUCCCGAGGUAUGGUGGGAAAUCUUACUGUUGUGUUACACCCGUGCAGUGCGGUACGAGUACGGUACCAUAUAUAAACGAGGCUCCGGGGAGGUGAUGGGUGAUGGUCCAUCCACGGUUGUGUACGGAACUGUGCGAACUUGCUCUUCUUCUACGGCAAUCGCGCUUCGUGCUUGGGUUAACUGGACCAAACGUGGAUUGCUCGUUAAUAAUGUCCACAGAGCCGGUCCCUACAAUUAUUCUUUUCCACUAUGUAUAUUCCCCCCUCCCGCCUUUUGCUCAACCGUUCUCCUACACAACUCUGUGGUUAGAUGGCUGAGACUUGAUACCCGUAGUACUGGUCUCCAUACGCGCACAAAAUCUCUUGGUACCUUCAGCUGCGCGGAAUCCCGUACAAGCAAUGCAUUCAACCGCCGAUAAUGCCUCGGCCGGAUCUGGCCUCGCUGGGCAUCAAAUAUAGGAGAACCCCGCUGCUGUCAAUCGGGAACGAGGUGUUGUGUGAUACGUCGUUGAUUAUUAGGGUCCUGGAGGAGAGGUUUCCUGAUGGAAGGUUGGGAGAGAGAGGCGGUGAAUGGGAAGAGUGGGAGGCUUGGAGCGAUCGGAUGUUCCCCUACGCUGUUGCGUUGAUUCCCAGUGAUUUGCCCUCAAUGAAGGAUGAGAGGUUUGUGAAGGAUCGAGAGGAUUUUAGUGGGAGGGCGGGUUCCCCCCUGUGUGUUUAUGUGAAGGGGGUUGAGAGUAGAGCUGAUUUGUUGGUGGUGUAGAGUUUCAAGAAGGAGGAUGUUGAUGCUGGGAGGGAGAGGGUAUGUGCUCUGUUUAGUCCGUUGUGCCGUUAGUGCUAGCAUGGAAGUUGACCGCUCUAGGCCCUCGAGAAAAUUAGAGGUCUCUAUGGCCAUAUCGAGGAAGUUCUCUCAGACGGCCGCUACUGGAUCCUCGGCAAUAAGAUGUCGUUGGCAGAUCUUGAGUGUAGUUUCCCAUGAUAUCAUUUACACAUUCCAUACAGCUAACAAAAUCUAGCCAUCUGGCUACCGGAAUGGCUGACUACCCUCCCAGGCGCCCUGGACUCCGCCGUAACAGCGGACACCCACCCAAAAACCUUCUCGUGGAUCAAGCGAUUCACAGCUCUCCUCCCCGCUCCCAAAUCCGUCAAAAUCCCCACCAUAAAGGGCGCCGAAGCAAAAGACAUAAUUCUGGAUCACGAGCAGGUGAGCACCUCCCCUGGCACCGAUAUAGGAGCCCCCGACAACGACCCCUCCGGCAUAGCCCUCGGUGAAGAAGUGGAGGUUACGCCUGUCGACACUGGAAAGAAUCAUCCGCAAAGGGGAAGAGUUAGAGCUCUUGGGAAGGAUAGGAUUAUUAUUGAAGUUACACCAACAGGGGCGCAUGUUGGUAGUGGUUCGCUCAAGGUCGUAUUCCCCAGAAAGGGAUUCGAGAUUAAGAGUCUGGGCACGGAGGGGAAUGCUAGGCUCUAGAACUGUGGGGGUAGGGUAGGUGGGGUAUAGAGGAGAUGGGGGAUUUCUGAGUGGAACAUAUGUAGCUGUUCACUAACUUAGUAGGAAUACGCAAUAUUUAAUGCACGGCGUUCCGGGCUUUUCGCAGGAGUACCGCGUUUCUUGUGUCC